UUAGUUAGUAAACGGACAACUAGAGUCAUAGUUACAAGCAGGCAGCCACUAAAGACAAACGGCCAGAGGGAGAAAGAAGGCUACAACCAGCCAACUAUGAGACACAACUUAUCUCGACUCUAUAACUUUCACUAACUCACUUUUUUCUCUCUGUAACAUUACUAUAUCUCUCUCUGAGAUCGUGUACACAUUACUAUAUCUCUACUAUAUCUAGAAAUAUAUAUCUCUACUAUAUCUCUGUAACAUUACUAUAUCUCUACAAUGAGAUCGUGUACACACACACCGACCGAAAUUAACUCUGUUUACCUCGCAUGCUUUUCCAUUUACUAGUUUUACAUACCAACCCGUCAUGGUUUUGGAUAUAUACAACGUAACGCGCCUCUCCAAACUGUCUACGUUCCAUCUCUGAACGCCUUCUCUUUCGUUCAGAAUUUCUCCAAGGGAAGUCUCUGCAGCUCUUAUUAACAAUACUGACCAAAAUUUAAUAUUAACCGUCUACACUCAUGCAAAUAUACUUAUAUACAUUCGUGUAACAUACACGUAUUCAAACAAACGCAAACAAGCGACUUUUUUUUACUGGUAGAUCUGCUUUAGACAGAAUGAUGGAGGAAACACGCUGUAAGAAAAUGAUAGACAACCAACCUCAAGGAGGUAAAAUGGAUCGAAGUGGAUCUCGAAGUAAUCAGUUUUUGCAAACAAUUGAGAGAAUCUGCAGCAGACCAUCAUACAUGUGUGGUGGAUCGAGACGAGAUGCAGCAGAGGAUCUACUGCAGUUACGGUUUGCGACUGGAAAGAUCCAUCUAAUAAUUACAUCAAGCAAAUUUGAUGCUGCAUCCAAAGAGUCCUUCAUUCGACAGAAUGGUCUGCCUAUUUUAAUAAUGGCGCUGCGUGUAGCACCAAGUGAAAAACAGAUUGUUGAUAACAUCAUAAGCACUUUGCUGGAACUUCUCCAUAAAUCUUCUAAUAGUAAAUAUCUCGCAAUAUUGGUCAACUGUGAUGCCUGUAGUAUACUUCUACAAAUUCUAAUGUCUGAAUAUAAAGAAUCUUUACCAAGAGAAUGCUUAAUGAUGCAACUGCAUCAGUUGUUAGCAAAGAUUGGUACAAAAGAUCCGAAAUUCCCUGUAAAAGGAAGACUAUCCCAGGCCCUCGUAAUUACUUUGAAUCUUAUAAAAACUAACACAACACAUUACAAGAAUUUGCUACCAUUGUUACGGGUGCUCAAAAUGUAUUCUUCAAAUAAUAUAAAUGCCUCAUAUUUAGUCAAGAAUGCCUGUAUUCAAUUGAUGACUAGAAUUGUCACCAACUGCUGUAAAAACCACAGCGCUAUCAUAAAACAUGCUCUGGAAAUUCUCUGCAAUCUAACCAAAACCAAGAAACAUGCAGUACGUGCUGUAAACUUUGAUAAUAUUCCUACAUUCCUCACCAUGCACUGUGAAUGGCACCCCAAUAAUUCCAAGCACAAAUAUGUCACUGAACGAAGACUGAUUCUCACAUUCCUGAAAAAUCUUACCAACACCAAGUCUGGAAAAGCUGCAUUCCUCAUGGAAGAUGGUGUGAAAUUGAUGUAUACCACUGCAAGGGAGGGUGUUGAUACUGGAGACACUGAGAGCCUCAUUUUCCUCUCCAGCUCUAUUCUCAGAAAAUGUUGCCCCAUUGAAUUGCUUCCUUUGGAUCACUUUGAAAAUUUGAUCACAUUCGAACUACCUGUUCCAGACAACAGCGAUAACCAUUCUGAUAUAAGUUGUUCAGAAAAAACAGCCGAAAAUACAAACUUAGAUCUCAACGAGGAAGAGGAGACAUCAGACACAGCACUUGAGUGUCUUGAAAUGGAAGAUAGCACGACUACCAAUGAUUUUGGUGAAGCAAAUGAAGAAGCUAGUAAAACUUUCAGUAAGAAGAAACACAUCUCUGAUUCUCUCUCAAAGCAAAGAAGUGCAAAAGACUUGCAGGAAUCAUAUGCAAAGUUCUUUGAUGAAAUCAAUGAAGAAGACAAGGUUUUGAUAUCUUGUUUGAUAAAUGAAAGCCCAGAACAAACUAAUCAACAAUCAGAUAAAGAACUAGCAUUCGUGAAAAAAUCUACCGACCUUCAAGAAAAGCCCCAGGCCAAAGUUAUUACUGAAUCAAAGCUUCCUCAGGGCAGCGAUGACACUACAAAUUCUGUCACAAGCAGUUCUUCUCCGACAAAUGUUACACAGGCUAACGCUAACAUUAGCAAUUCACCUCAUGGUGGUUUUCGAAAGAGUUCUAUGCGUCGGAGAGAUGCUAACAGGUCUUCGGUGAAAGCGAGGAGGAGUAACAGUUGUAAGUUGUUCCGUUCCUACGACAGAAGCUUCAGUGACAUCCUCAAUCGAUCAGCCAUGUCUCUAUUAAUGACCAAUAUAGACACUGAUAUUGUCAACUCCGAGACUUCCAAAGUUUAUAGAGAUUUCAGUAAUGAUGUCCAUGAUUCUGGCUUAUAUCUGUCCCUUGCCAGGAAGACCAAAAGUGUUUACCAUUUUGAGAAAGUUCCUUAUCCUGACUACAUUGGAGCUUGCUCAGUUCCUCAUCCAGAACCUCUAAACAAUGUGAAGACCUUAAUUUCAAGGUUAAACCUUUUGGAUGAUAUUGACCGGCAGCUCUACAGUGAUAAAUUAAUUAAUCUAACAGCAUUUGAUAUUGACCAAAAAAUUGCUCUGGAACAAAACGUUGGUCGACCUUCCUGUUGGAGUUACUUACAGAAUGAUGACAUAGAAUUGCUUCAGAGUGUUCCUACGAAUAAAAUGAACAAAACCUGUCUGAGAUUCUCCUCUCAGUUUGAAAGUGGCAACCUCCGAAAGGCUAUUCAGGUGAGAGAAUAUGAAUAUGAUCUUCUUUUAAAUUCUGACGUCAAUGCUAAUAAUCAUCAUCAAUGGUUUUACUUUGAAGUUAGUAACAUGAAAUCAGGAAUUCCAUACAAAUUCAACAUUAUCAAUUGUGAAAAGUUCAACAGUCAAUUCAAUUCGGGUAUGAAGCCAGUGAUGUUUUCUGUAAAGGAAGCCAUUGCUGGUCGGCCAUAUUGGUUUAGGAUUGGAAAACAUAUUUGCUACUACAAAAACUGUUACAUUCGCAGCCAAAACCGAUCUUACUUCACCGCAAGUUUCCAGAUCACAUUCCGACACUCAGAUGACAUAUGUUACCUGGCAUACCAUUUUCCAUACACCUAUUCCACCCUCAGGACACAUUUGAAGAGCUGGGAACAAAAGUACGACCGUGAUCUUGUGUAUUUCAAGUGCCAAGAACUCUGUGAGACCUUAAGUGGCAAUUCUGUACCAAUUUUGACAAUAACAGGUUGCAAACAGCUUGAAGAAGAGGAUAGUUCUGAUUCUGACAUGCAAUCUAGUGAAAAAAGCUAUGUGUUUCUAUCGGCCCGUGUUCAUCCUGGUGAAAGUAACUCAAGUUGGGUGAUGAAAGGUAUUAUUGACUUCCUUCUUAGCAACAAACCAAGUGCUCUGAAACUGAUGAAGAAUCACAUCUUCAAGAUAAUUCCAAUGAUCAACCCUGAUGGUGUUAUCAAUGGCAGUCACCGCUGCUCCUUGGCUGGAAAUGAUUUGAAUCGACGCUGGCUGUACCCUUGUGCAAAACUUCAUCCAAUAAUAUUCCAUGCUAAAGGGGUUCUCUCUUACAUGAAGCUCAUUAAUAAAUUACCAACAAUUUACUGUGAUCUACACGGACACUCUCAGAAAAAGAACAUCUUUCUUUAUGGUUGUUCUCCUUUAAAAUCUUGGCAAACGCUCGAUGCAGACAAUCCUACAUACCAUGAAUGGGGUGAGGAUAUUUCAUACCAAAUCCUGCCAUACAUACUCAAUCAAACAGCUGCAGCAUUUUCACUAGAAGAUUCUCAAUUCCAUGUUGAAGAGAUUAAAGAAACGUCCGCUCGGGUAGUUGUCUGGAGACAACUCGGUGUUGUGAAUAGUUAUUGCAUGGAAAGUACGUUUUGUGGCUUUGAUCAGGGAACAUACAGGAACACCCAGGUUUCCACUCAUCACUUACAAGAGAUGGGACGUCAGUUCUGUGAAGGUAUUCUGCUCCUAAGCCAGAUUCCAUUGGAGGAGCAGAACAUUCUUUGUAUUCCCAGUAGCCCGCUUAGUCCCAACAACAGCCAACUGAGUCUCAGCCAUAAGAUGGCCAGUAUAAACAGGCUCCGCAUUAAAAGAAGGAGCAAGCCCCAAAAUGUCAGGCAUGAAAGUGAUACCCAGGUGGAUGAGGUGCAGGGCAAACAGGGCCUGGUUGGGGCAGAUGGCGACAAAGUCUGCCUGGAAACAAACAAUAAAGAUUCUGGAAAUUCCGAAGAAGAUAAAGACAAUGAAGACGAUGAGUAUGAUAAUGAUGGAGAAGAGGAGGUGGAUGACAAUGAGGAGGAUGAGGAAGAGGAGGAUGACGAUGAAGAUGAUGAUGAAAAUAAUAAUAAUGAUGAGAGUAGCGAUGAAGCUUGUGAAAUCGUUUCUUUGCCUUCAUGAGGCAAGUUUUAUAGCAUUAAGGCAACACAGAUCUGGCCCCUUUAAAAAUAUUUGGCUUCAUGUAAAAAAA